AUUAGACAAUCUUAUAUGUGAUAAGACUAAACAGUUCCUGUUUGUUUUGGUCAAAUGUCUUAAAAUAGAUUUUGACUAACCUGUGCUAUGUUGGCACAUAUAUAAACGUGUAACUGAAUUUCUUUGCAGUUUUAAAUUAAGAAGAGUGUGACUAUUUUAUCUGUGUUCUACAGCAUAAUCAUAUAUGUACACGGGAAAUAAAAUGACCAGUAACAAGGAUAAAACGACUGCUAUAGUGAUCGGUGCCGGUAUGAGAGGAAUAGGCUACGCCUACUUUCAAAAUUGCAAACCUAAGGAAUUCAAGGUAAUUGCUGCUGCGGAUCCAAAAGAAUACCAGCGGAGGGAAGUACAGAAUUUAUGUGACAUCCCGGACGACAUGGUUUUUCAAGACUGGCGGGAGAUAGCUGGGAGAGAUAAGUUUGCGGAUUGUGUGAUCAUUUGUACUCAGGAUCAGCAACACAAGGACCCGGCUAUUGCCUUCGCAAAGAAGGGAUACCACAUUUUACUGGAAAAACCUAUGGCAACCACAGAGGAAGACUGUAGGGAGAUUGUUCGCGUUUGUAACGAAAACAACGUCUUCUUAACGGUGUGUCAUGUCCUCCGCUACACACCCUGGGUGAAAAAAAUCAAAGAACUGAUAGACAGAGGAGCCAUAGGGGACGUGGUGAAUAUUCAACACCUGGAACCAGUAGGGUACUGGCAUUUUGCCCAUUCCUAUGUGAGAGGAAACUGGCAUAAAGAGAAUGAGAGCUCACCUUCUCUAUUAGCAAAGUGUUGCCAUGACAUUGACCUUUUGUGUCAUUGGAUGGGAGAUAAAAAAUGUCAAAGGGUGUCCUCGUUUGGACAUUUGAGUCAUUUUAACAAGCAGAAUAAACCGAAGAAUGCAGCUAGUCGUUGCCUUGACUGUCCUAAAGAUGUACAAAGACAAUGUCCUUACUCAGCAGUAAAGAUUUACAUCGAAAACGGAGUAAAAUCUUUUAAUAGAGGCUGGCCUGUGGCUGUGCUGACCUCCGAACCUCCUGAUAUAGAAAACAUCACAGAGGCCUUAAGGACGGGACCGUAUGGACGCUGUGUCUAUGACAUGGAUAAUGACGUAAUGUCACAGCAGGUGGUUAAUAUGCAGUUUUCUGGCGGAGCCACGGCUUCAAUGUCAAUGAUUGGAUUUACAGAAUCUGUUUGUUGUAGGGAAGUUAAUGUGUUUGGAACAAAAGGCGAGAUAAGGUACCGAGAUGGACGAUCGGAGAUUUUACAAGUUGAUUUUGUUUCUGGACGAAGAUACCACCAUGAACUGGAAUCUGAACAUUCUGGACCCCUGAGUGGACAUGGGGGAGGCGACUACUGUCUAAUGGAACACUUUCUGCACGCAAUUCAUCAUGAAGAUUUUUCUGGGAUUCAAACUGGUGCAGAAGAGACUCUGGCUAGCCAUUUAGUGGUGUUUGCAGCAGAGAAAGCACGGAAGGAAAGCAGAGUUGUUACUAUCAACGAAGACAUGUCUUUUUCAUGAUUGCUACAGCAGGCCUCUGAUAAUAAAAUUGUAUCAAAAUUA